AAACAAAAUCAACCAAAAAAAAAUUCACCACGCGUAUGUCUUCACCAACCAAAACUGAUUAGAGAGUUUUCACAUAGUUAGUAGUGCAUUAAUCGUGAAUUCCUCUCUAAUCGUGUUUGUGUGGCCUCUACUGAUAGUCUUAAUAUAUUACCAACACUGACCAACAUCAACACUAAUGUUCUCGUAGUGUGAAAUCCACCCACAUCAUCAUCUGUUGGUGUGUUGUGCAUUAUUAAUUUUAUUCUUAAUAAAAGAAAGUCAGUGAGACGACGUGUGACCUUGUGGUGGUGUGGUGGUGUUCUGGUGGUGACUACAAGAACGGCGACUAUGAUCAUCGCCUCGUCACAUCAUCAGAGUCAUCUACAAAUGGUACCUGUGUCACCUGUUAUUCUGAUGAACCGUCCCAUUCAAGUAAAACCGGCGGACAGUGAAAAUAGAGGCGAUCGAAAGCUGUUUGUGGGUAUGCUCAGUAAGCAACAAACGGAAGAGGAUGUUAGGCAGUUGUUCGCUCCAUUUGGAACAAUAGAAGAGUGUACUAUAUUACGUGGACCUGACGGAACAAGCAAAGGUUGUGCUUUUGUGAAAUUUAGCUCACAUCAAGAAGCGCAAUCAGCAAUUAAUAGUCUGCACGGUAGUCAGACUAUGCCGGGAGCUUCUUCCAGUUUAGUAGUGAAAUUUGCAGAUACAGAAAAAGAAAGACAGUUACGUCGUAUGCAACAAAUGGCGGGGAAUAUGAGUCUCCUGAAUCCAUUCGUAUUCAAUCAAUUUGGUGCCUAUGGGGCAUAUGCACAACAACAAGCUGCACUUAUGGCUGCAGCCACGGCACAAGGUACUUACAUAAAUCCAAUGGCUGCAUUGGCAUCACAAAUACCACAUGCAGCAUUAAAUGGUAUGGCCAAUUCAGUAGUCCCUCCUACCUCAGGCACUGGUAAUGGACAACCAGUUAAUGGUGCAAUCCCAAGUUUACCGUCCCCAACAAUGCCAACAUUUAAUAUGGCAGCACAAACGCCUAAUGGACAACCAGGUGGCACUGAAGUCUAUACUAAUGGCAUACCUCAAACUUACCCUGGACAUGCCCUCCAUCUUUCUAUACCAACUCAGGGUCUUCCCAAUGGUGAAGCAGCUUUGCAACAUGCAGCUGCAUAUCCUGGUAUGCAACCAUAUCCAGGAGUUGCUUAUCCCGCGGUAUAUGGACAGUUCCCGCAGCCCAUACCUCCACCGAUGUCUACUGUAGCCCCUACUCAAAGGGAAGGAUGCUCGAUUUCUGGCCCAGAAGGUUGCAACCUAUUUAUCUAUCAUUUACCUCAGGAAUUUGGAGAUGCGGAACUUAUGCAAAUGUUUUUACCAUUUGGUAAUGUAAUAAGUUCGAAGGUAUUUAUUGACCGAGCCACGAAUCAAAGUAAAUGUUUUGGUUUUGUAUCAUUUGAUAACCCAACAAGUGCACAAGCAGCAAUUCAAGCAAUGAAUGGCUUUCAAAUAGGAAUGAAACGUUUAAAAGUUCAAUUGAAACGACCAAAAGAUGCAAAUAGACCGUACUAACCUCUACCGAACCAUAGGCUUCUUUUACAUCAUCCAAAAUUAAAUCAAAUGUGCAAUCAAAGCCAAAUAUUAAAUGAUAAGCCAUUAUUUAUUGAACAGCCACAUCAUCCGACACAACUAUUUGUGAAUGAUAAUAAUAUUAUAGAUACAUUAAAUAAUCCAUGCGUAUAUUUCUACUUAACCAAUAACAAUAAUAAUAUAACAUCUACACAUCAACAACAGAACCAU